GACAGAUCUCACUCACAACUUCAAUCUUUUGUAUCAUCACUCCCAUAAUUUUAACGACCUCUAACGACAUUUAACGACUAUACUCCCAACUUGUAUUCAUUAAUAAACUUUUACCCUCCAUGUCUCAAUUACGUCGUCAUCAAAGCAGUCAUUCAAUCACAAAUGGAUUCACUCCAGGCGGUCAUAUUCCUGUAGGGUACUCCUACUUGGACAGAGCUCAUUCUCUGGUCACGCCAACGAGACGAAACGUACCUAGAGGAAUGGAAAGUCCACGUACAGAUACAUUGGACUUAUCAACAUCUUCUCCACAACCUUCUAAAUCACUAUCAGGCCAAUUGCAGCAUUCAGAAUCCUAUUCAGAUCUGUCAACAUACAAACGCUCGCCUGAACCACAACAAUUCUCAACAGCAAGUCGUAGAUCAAGUUUGGAAUCUUUACGUGAUUCACCGUAUCGCAAUGAUACAUCAAUCGCUGCUGAAAAUGUGGCAGAAUUGAUUGAACAAUUACCAAAAGAUCCACUUCGAUGGUUACCUUCUCAAGUAGCCGUUUAUCUUACCUAUGUUCUCGGUCUCACGCCAAAGCCAAUCGUACAAGAUGUAACUGCAUACGUUCGUAAUGCAGGCAUGAGCGGAAGAGCAUUCUUGAGAUUGAAAGAAAAGGAUCUUGCUGCUGAAGGAUUAAAUCUAAAAUGGCGCAAGCUGAUGAUCGAAGCGGUCAGAAAAUUACGCAAAGACUGCUUACGAGGACAUCUUUGGAGUUUGGAAGGCAGUCAUGCAUACACUGAAACUGAAGAACCAGAACAACAGCCCGAUAUCCCAAAACAAGUCAACGCAAAUUCAACGGGAACUCUCAAACGCUUACGAGACAAAAAAGCUGUUCGCAAUAUGAUUUCAUCUUUUGAGAAUAUCCGUGAAGGAAGUUCAGAUGGUGAAGAUGCAUUCGUUGCCCUCGGUGGAAUGCAAAAACGCGGAUCAAUGUCUUCCCUGCGCAGUAUCAGCAGCUCACAAAGCAAUGAUAGUCUUAACCGUCCUGCUAUUCCACCAAUCUAUGGUGAAGGGUAUGUACGUGAAAGAGCUGAAAGCUUUUCAUCUUUACGCGAACAAAUACCCAUUCAUCAUGCUUCAAGACCGGUGUUCACCCGUGAACAAUUGCAAGAUUGGUUUGGCGAUUUAUCUGAGAGUGAAGUACAAGGCUUAGCAGAUGAAUUGGAUGCCGAAGAUGAACUCUCGCAAGGCCAUGCGUUCAACCGUAGUGUUUCUGAAUCAUCGAUCAAUAGCGAAAGUUGCAACAGUGAACCUAUGCCGGCCACACCACCAGCAGCAGAAGUGAACGGAUUCAAUUUGACGCCAAUCGAUGCUAGCUUGGUGAAAUCAAUUGUUGAAUCUCCUACUUUAGAACAAGGAUCAAAUGAUUUGAUCGUUGAAGCGCAUUUAUCAACUUCAAACUACAUUCAACCUCUUCACAAAGACAUUUUGGUUGAUGAAGAUCAAGAUGACCUUCUCGUUGGUCCAAGACCGGGAGCAUCUAACGGUGGAAAAAGUAACCCUUAUAGAAGAUCGACCUAUGAGGAAGAGGAAUUGGAAGCUCUGGGCCUGGAUGCCAAUGUGAAUACAUGCAAAUUCGACACAGCCAAAAAGGUUCCUCGAAUUGCCGAAGAAAGAGGAGCGGAUCAGGACAGCAUUCGUGUGAAGCGCUCAGGCGAUGACAGUGCAGCAACAGGCAUUCGUGACAUAUUUGCAACACAACCAGAAGAGUCCAGUGCCUCAGCUCAUCAUGCAUCACGGGAUAGUUCAGCGGAUGAUGAAGUUCCACCUUUGAAGACAGCACGCACUGUUGGCACAUUUGGCAGAGCUGCACUUAUGUCAGCUUUGCAACAAGCAAAAGAAGCACAGAACGAUAGCAGCAAACGAGCAGAAGAUGAAAGUGAAUGGGGAGUAACUUUCUCACGUAAAGCUUCUAGACGCAACACUCUUGCUCGUGCAGAUGGCACAAAUGCUGCUGCAGCUGUUCAUGCUGAUCAUGCAAGAGACGUUACUGGUACUUCAGCCGCAUCACGGAUGUCACAAUUGUUCAAUCCUAUCCCUCUAAGUGAAGCCAAUUUGGAAAAGCACGAAAAAGAUGCCGAAACGAGUCCUAAAGAUACAACGCCAGCCUCUCCGCAAGACAAGAUCUUACUUCCACUAACGACACUGGAACCCGAUAAUGACGGAAAAGGUUCGAUAAAAAAACGUAGUAUGGUUUUAGUGGAUAGACGUAAAUUUGAAGCAUUGGCAAAACGAAUGGGCGUUUUGGAAGAUCAAUUAGCCGGAUUAGAAGCAAUCUCUUUACCUCCCGAUUCAGAUUUAGGAAGUUUGGGAAAGAGUAGCAAUAUGAACGCAGCUCAAGUACGUGCUGCUUUGGAUGAAGUGUUUACAAUUCCUGCAGCACCAUUUUAUCGUGCGGAAGAAGAGGAAGGGCGCGAGGAAGUUCCACAGGCCGACGAGGAAGGGAAAGAUUCGACAAGUUCGAAAUGGAGCCUCAUGAGACAAUUUGGUAUCAUUCCUUCAUACACUCAUCACUUUUUCGCUCGUCUUCCAAAUCCUUCUUCUGUCGAUUUAGCUAUCGGUUUGGCGGCUGGCGUUGGUUUCGUUUUGAUUUCUGAAGUUUUUGGUCGUGGUGCUCGGCAUUAA